AUGGUAGCAGAAGCAGAAAAUAUCAAAGUCGCGGUUAGGGUCCGCCCCUUCAGUGAAAGAGAGAUCGAGCUGGGAGCUCAGAGCACCGUCACCAUGUCCGGUCGCCAAUGUAAGGUCGUGAGUGAUGAAGCCGGCGUAGCCUCAGUAGCUGGUGCUCGUGAAGGGAAGCAAGCUCAGACUAGGACCUUUGCCUUCGACCACUGCUACGAUAGCAUGGACAGAAGCUCUGCUAAUUACGCCGAUCAGAGCAAGGUUUAUAACGACCUUGGCGAGGCAGUUCUGAAUAAUGCUCUGCAAGGUUACAAUGGAUGUGUAUUCGCCUAUGGGCAGACGGGGUCGGGGAAAAGCUAUUGUAUGUUGGGCGGAAAGGGCGACCCUGGGAUCAUCCCACGUAUAACGAAGGCGCUGUUUCAUGCAGCUGGUAGAGGGCAAAAGGACGGUUAUGCUCAGACAAGGGUUUGGGUGUCCUAUCUUGAAAUCUACAAUGAACGGAUAAAGGAUCUUCUCUCUACUGAGGAGAAAGAUGGUGAAACCGUAGCGAUUUUCGACAAGCCUGGCAGUGGAGUCUUGGUGUCCGGUAUGGUUGAAGCCGCUGUGGAGGAUAUCAGAGAGGUCAAAGGCUUAUUGGACUAUGGGACUGCGCAACGAGCCGUUGGGGCUACCAACAUGAACGCACAGUCGUCCCGCUCACAUGCUGUGUUUAUACUGCGGCUACAGAGAGUGUCUGCUGAUCCUACCGCUAAGCCAGACUUGGACGCAAGGAUCAACUUGGUGGAUCUGGCUGGAAGUGAGAGACAGGAGAAAAGUGGAGCUAGUGGGGGCCGAUUGAAGGAGGCGAUCGCGAUCAACCAAAGCCUCUCAACGCUGGCUAUGGUCAUCUCUGGGCUGGCGGAGAACAAGUCGGCUCAUAUUCCUUUCCGGAACUCCAAACUUACUUUCCUGUUGAAGGAUUCUCUGUCGGGCAACAGCAAGACGUUUAUGAUCGCCUGCAUAUCGCCGGCCUUGACGGAGCUGUCGGAGACCGUAUCGACGUUGCGGUUCGCGCAUUCGGCCAAGCUGGUGAGGACUAAAGCGAUGCAGAAUAGGAUUAAGCCCAACGCGGAGCUUGAAGCGUUGCGGAAGGAGCUCGCUGAUAUCGGACAGAAAUUGUCGGUUCGGGGUGGUAGUAUGGCAGGUCAAGGGCAUGGGGACGACCAAGAUGAUGAGAUUAGGCGGCUCAAGGCCGAGCUGGAGGAGAAAGAGCACAGGAUGAAGGUUAUGGCUACUGAUUUCGAGGAACAGCUGAAGGCGGCUAGACAGGCUGCUGAAGAGAGGACGAAGAAACUGGAAAAUCAAGGGCUGGUGUCGACGGUAAAUGAUAAGGAAAGGGAUAAGGUGGGUGGUGCUGGUACAUGGGGUUCGGACUUGUAUUGUUGUGUUGGUCUGGGCAUUCCGGAAGGGGAGCCCCUGUGUAAAUUUGUGGUGUCGAACGCUGCUGACCAGCACACCACGGUGGAGGUCCUAUCUGAUGAAGGUGUGGUAACAGUAAACGGUCUUAAGAUCAACAGAGGGGAGAAGCCGACGAAACUGUAG